ACAACACGGAAGCAAACGAGCAUGACUGUUUCCAAUAAAACUUUACUUACAAAACAAGCGGAGGCCCGACUUGUCCCACAGACUUCCCUGCUUCCCAGCAUAGGGAUCCCCACUUUAAUGUUCUCUGUGCGGCACAAAAGCUCAGAAUGCAUCACUGCCCCCAAAGUGCCCCCAGACGGCAUGAGGCAAGAAGGGAUGAAGGAUGCAGUCCGGAGUGGAGCCAGUGGUGCUGUGUGCACAGUGCGGGCCUGGAGAGAUCACCCCAACCCCACGCAAAGUCAAACCAGAACAACCUGUUUACAGAAGAAGAAAUUGGCCUCUACGCUAAACGUAUUUAUGGUGGAGCCUGACACAGGAGAGCACACCCGCGACAGGAUGCGGGGGGAAGCGUGGUGGAAACAACUGAGGAAGUCAACAGGCAGUCAUGCUCCAGGACGCUCCAGCCAGGGUAUAAAGGCCGCCCCGGGAGCACCCUCCAGACACCUCCACCCUCCUCCCUGACACCAGCCCAGCUCCACGCCAACAUGUGCCACACCAGCUGCUCUCCGGGCUGCCAGGCUUCCUGCUUCACCUCCAGCCCCUGCCAGGCGUCCUGCUACGUGCCCGUGAGCUGCCGGCCCUCCGUGUCCGUGCCCGUGAGCUGCCGGCCCUCCGUGUCCAUGCCCGUGAGCUGCCAGCCUGCCGUGUCCGUGCCCGUGAGCUGCCGGCCCUCCGUGUCCAUGCCCGUGAGCUGCCAGCCUGCCGUGUCUGUGCCUGUGAGCUGCCGGCCCUCCGUGUAUGUCAUCCCCUCCUCCCAGUCCUCCGUGUGCCUGCCCGUGAGCUGCAAGCCCCUGGUGUUCGUGGCCUCCUCCUGCCAGUCCUCUGGGUCAUGCCAGCCCUCCCGCCCCACCCUGGUCUGCAGGCCCGUCUCCUGUAGCACCCCGUCCUGCUUCUGCCCAUGAGCUUCCCGCCCGGCCGCUCCCAGGGCACGAGGGCCACACCUGUACCCUUCCUGGAACGAGCCUUCGGUGGGUCUCCAGGUUCUGCAUGGGGCAGGAUGAAGAACAUGCCCAG